ACACAGACACGGCUGAUUGGACUUAGCUGAUGCAGCGAUCAUCUAUGCGGAUAUCUGCUCUGACAGGAUAUCGAGGCACAGCUUUAACCAUCAGCUCCUCUUCUAACGCAUCCAAGUGACUCCUUCGUGCGCCUCACCUGUGCGUUUCAGACGUUUUAUCAGCUCAGACUGUGUGUGAAAAUGUACCGAGGCUUGCUGCUGGUGUUCCUCAUCCUUCUGGUUGAGACUCGGCUCAGUGAGUCGAGCUGCGCGGAACAAGAGACGCAGAGAUCGACCUCGGAAGAGAGUUCAAGUUUUCGACUCGCGGCUCGUAACUUGCUCAAGCGGUAUCACGACAUAGAUUACGACAGUUUUGUCGGACUGAUGGGCCGCAGGAGCGCCGAUGCUGCUGAUAAUGACCAGACUCGGCGUAAAAGAGAAAUGCAUGACAUCUUUGUGGGACUCAUGGGACGGCGAAACAGUGAAGAUGACGCUGAACGUCCGUGGAGGAAAGACUACCCAGAGACACGUGGCCUGUUCUUUAACAAAUGCAGACUGAGGUUUCGUCGUGGGUUAUAGGCAAAAAUCCUCUGGAUCAACUGUGCCAUUCUCACAGAAUUAACUCCUUUUCAUGACACACUUUGCAAAAAAAAAAAAAAAGAGUCAAAUAAUUACACAAUAGCAAUUAUUCUAAAUUACAUUUGUCAUAAGAUGAUGAUUUAUGUUGAACUGCAACUAGAACUUGCAUAGAUUUGUAUAUACCAGUAGCAGUAUAUAAAUCUCUAGAAACAACAUCUUUAUCUGACUAUAUUUAUUUACCACAUUAACUUUCUAAUGUAAAAAACAUGAUUUUUUUGUAAAUAAAUGUAUUAUUUAAUUGAGCUCAUCAUUGAUAUACAGAUACACAGAGAAUACUGUAUAUGUUGAUAUAUCAAUUAUAUUUGAAGCUCUAGUACCCUCAGCAGCACAAAAGAGAGGAUGUAUUGUUUAAAACCCAGUUAUUCUGUAAGCUCUGCAUUAUAUGCUACAUAUUAAGACUUUAUAUGUAGCAUAUAUAACAGUCCUUUAGAAAUAGACAAAAAUCCAGACAAUGAAUAUGACUGGCAUGAUAUUAGGUAUAGAUGAAAUGUUUAGACUCAAGGCCAUCUGGAUUUUUUUUUUUUUUUUACCCGGCUAUGAGUGUAAACAGCAGCAAGCCUUUCUUAUGCAUCUUAUGGCACAUGAGCCAUAAAAAUGACUCACAGUAUAGAGUUGAAUGGCACUGAUGUGUAGAAUUACUCAGUUUAAGGUGCUGUUGUGUUGAAAAAUAAAUACAGACUGACAUUUUAAUUUCUCUCCUGCCACGUCCAGUCCUCAUCAACUUUGAUACAUUUCUUUGAAAGUAGAUUUGUGGUGGAUUAAAUGGGUAAAAAGAGCAAAAAGUCUUACACUGUCUAAAGAUAUUAAACACUAGAAUGUUUUAAAUUAUUUCUUGAUCAGUUCUCUAAUAUGUAUGUUAUGAUUAAG